UAAGGAUAAAAGCAAACCCAGUAGCAAGAGCAGUUAAUGAAGACAAUCCAAUGACUGGUGGAAUUGUAAUCUGAAGAUUUAACAGGGAUUUCUCCUGGUUUAGAAUCCAAUUACUAUUUCCUAAGGUGGGAAAGAACAUGAAGGUGUUUGCGAUAUUUGUCCUCAGUGUGAAUAUCUGGUCUGGUUCAGGUUUCCCAGUAUAUGAUUAUGAUCCAGGAAUAAAGGAAAAAGCACUUAGUGCCUCUCUUGCAGAAGUGAAUUCUAGAUCAAUUGGUCUAAGCCUGUUCAGAGCAUUCGGGAGCCUGGUUAAGGCGAUCAACUUUUUGGAUGAGAAUGACUACAACAUGGACAUAGAUUUCAGGGUCCGAGAAACUGAAUGCAGGAAAGAUUCUGGGAAAAAUCCAACCAUGUGCAGCUUCAAAAAGGGUCGUCAUGUGCAAACGGCUCACUGCAGGAGCAGCGUACAGAUCUCCGGGGAGGAGGUACAGAUGGUGUGGGUGGACUGUCGCCGGGACUUCUCUAGUUCUGAAUCCCAGAGCAGUGAAGAGAUAAUUUUCAGAGAAAUAUUGCAGGCAAACAGAAGGAGGAACAGUUACAUGGCAGGCAUGAGAGACCCUUAUAGAAACAGAAGAAUAUGGAAUAGACCAAAUCAACACAAUGGCUACUGGUUUGAGUAACACCCCUGAGAGAGGACCCAGACCACUGAGGAAAUAAAGUUGGAAGAGGCGUUAAAAUAAACUUUUCUACUACCUGUACCAUUUGGGGUAGGAUAAGGAAUGAUCAUUACACCUGUUUCUAACAAGUGAUCUGUGGAUAAUUUUAUCUUCAAAGAUGUCAUAGUUUAGGUGACAUUUUAGAGGUGGGACUUGGUAGCUUUUAAAAACAAGUUCUUCAAGUGGAAUCCAAUCAGAGCACUAAAGUGAACAUUAUAUUGGCAAUGGAUGACCAUUAAAAUAUUUUUUUCUUUUUCA